UGCAGAUGGAGUUCAGGGGUCAUCAUGUACACACUGCUUGCAGGCUCUCCGCCCUUCUGGCACAGGAAGCAGAUGCUGAUGCUGCGUAUGAUUUUAUCAGGGAUCUACGACUUCUCUUUACCAGAGUGGGAAGACCGCUCAGACACUGUGAAAGAUUUGAUCUCUCGGAUGCUGGUGGUGGACCCAAAGCUACGAUACACAGCUACAGACGUCCUCAACCACUCGUUCUUCUCACAGUAUGUGGUGAAUGAAGUGCGACAGUUCACUCCAUACAGGCGGUUCAAGGUGAGACGUUAAAG